AUGGCUCCAAGAGACAACAGACUCACCGCACUUCCCGGCCCCAACCCGACAAUUCAGAAAGAGAUCCGUUUCAGAGGCGUUAGGAAGCGUCCCUGGGGUCGUUACGCCGCUGAGAUCCGUGACCCAGGCAAGAAAACACGCGUCUGGCUCGGAACAUUCGACACCGCAGAGGAAGCGGCGCGUGCUUACGACACAGCAGCACGCGAGUUUCGCGGCGCGAAAGCGAAGACCAAUUUUCCUACGCCGUUGGAGAUUAUGAACAUUAACAACACAACACGCAGCCCAAGUCAGAGUAGUACCCUUGAGUCACCAUCACCGCCGCCGCUUGAUCUAUCUCUCAAACCAUUCUCCAGUAGUUCCGGUGUCACCAUGGCGAUCCCCGUUGCGCGUCCUGUUUUGUUUUUCGACGCUUUUGCUCGCGCCGAUACUAGCCUCAGCGUUGGUCGUCGUGAGAUGUGCGGUUUUGACCGUCCCAUGGCGGAUUUCCGACGCGCUGCCGUUCAGAGUGAUUCUGAUUCUUCUGUUGUUGAAUACGACGGUGUCCCACGUCAGAGACUCUUGGAUCUUGACCUUAACGUUCCUCCUCCACCUGAAGUUGCUUGA